AUGUUCCAUUCUCACCGUCUCAAAGCUGUUGUCUACCUCAACCAUCUUUCUUCAACUCCAAAAUCUCACCACCUUCUUCACUCUCUCAAUCCCUUCUCCACCACUUCAGAUUCCUUCACCCUAUCCUACUUCACCAACAACUGUGGCUUAUCUCCACAAGACGCUCUCAAAGCCUCAAAACGACUCCGUCUCACUUUCACCACACCCGAAAAACCCAACUCCGUUAUCGCCUUCUUCAAAACCCAUGGUUUCUCCAUUCCCCAAAUCCAAUCCAUCAUUCUCAAGAACCCCCAACUCAUCCUCUCCAACCCCACCAAAACCAUUCUCCCUAAGUUUCAAUUUUUAGCCUCCAAAGGCGCUUCUCCCUCCGACAUAGUCGCCGCCGUCACCAGAAGCUCUCGUUUCCUCCGUGUAAGCCUCGAGAAACAUAUUAUCCCUGCUUUUCAGUUGGUGGCAUUGGCAACAGCAGCAAAAGCAAAAUUACUUCUUCGUGAGCUAAAAACCGUUAAAGCGGAUUUAGCAUUUGCUAAAGCGCGCUGUGCUCAACUUGAAGAAGAAAAUAAAUUACUCAGGGAACGAGAAGGAAGCGAUAAGGGACUUAUCCGUGAUGAUGAUGAUCUGGUAUUAAUCAAUUAUGAUGCUAAACCCAGCUUUACACAGAUCUUGGUAAUCUCAUCUAUUGGGUUGAUAUUUUUCAUAGCAUUGCGUUAUCAUCUCAAAAAGAUUCGAGAUCAAAAGAUCAUUCCGCGUUUAAGAUUAUCGCGUGCAGGUCACCCCCCAAAGCUUGAAAGAUUCUCUCAUUACGUAUCUAGGCAAAUGGGGUUCAAGGAUAGGAGAAUCGGUCCUGAUAUAUGUAGAUUGGCUUCUGAAUACAUAAGCAAAUAUGAAGGGUUUGAAGAUGAUAUAUAUGCCUAUUUUGAGAAUGAACCAGAUGCUGAUUCACUUUAUGUCAAGUUGGUGGAAGAGUUUGAGAGAUGCAUUCUUAGUUACUUUGGAUUUCAUUGGAACCAUUGUGACAUAUUGAUAAGUCAGGUUUUGAGCUCGGACAUUUCUGAGCCAAAAAAGAAGCUAAAGAACAUAGUUAUGGCUGCUACUAGGGAUCAAAGGUUCGAGAGAGUUGCCAAGAGUCUGAAGGUGGCUAGUGUUUUUAAUACAUUAGUGGGAGAGAUGAAAGCGAUGGGAGCAUCAGGAAAUGCCGUAGUCAUUGAAGCAGAUGCCUUCAAAGAAUCAGAUGUCAUCUACAGGGCACUUCGCUCAACAGGUCAUCAUGACAUGAUUCGAACAGCCGAAUUGGCGGAAAGAAAAAACACAGCUUUUGUAGAUGUGUCUCCAGAAGAAACUGUGCAGAAGAAUGCUUUUGAAAGAUUUAAAGAUGUUGAUGAAUCAAGUUCAUUCAAGGAAGCCCGUGCUCUAGCUGAAGCUUCUCAAAAUGGAGCUCCUUUUAACCAAGGAUGGAUAGGUGAAAUAUUCCGCUGCUUCUUUGGCUGCUCAAAGUCUAUUGCUAAGAUGGUAAGUAGCAUAGUUUGUGCAGAAGGGUCACCAGAGGGCAUAAUCUCUACCGCUGACAUUGAUACAGAUGUAACAACUGCACUAGUUUGUGCGAAUGUAGAUGAUGGUGAGCUUCCUUUGGAUUACAAUCAAGGGAAUACUGAUGGAAGCCUUGAUGAGAAUCUGAUUAUUGAGUGUCUUGAUCAGAUACAGCCAAUGCGAAAGCGUUCCAGAGACAGGCCUCGUAAGUCAGAAACUGAUGAUACAGACUGGCCAGAGAAGCCAUUGCUGCUAACACAGGGACCAACCAAAAACAAGAGGUAUCAGAACGGUCAAACUAGAGGUCCAGAGAGGCCUCCUAGGGUAAUUCAAGAUACUGAACAAUGUGAAGAUAAGUUAAAGAAAAAAGAAGAGAAGUUAAGGAAGAAAGAAGAGAAGUUGAAGAAAAAAGAAGAGGAGUUAAUGAAAAAAGAUCAAGCUAAGCUGCAUGACCGUGAAGAGAAAUUAAAGAAAAAAGAUGAAGCUAAGUUGCAUGACCGAGAAGAGAAAUUAAAGAAAAAAGAUGAAGCUAAGCUGCAUGACCGUGAAGAGAAAUUAAAGAAAAAAGAUGAAGCUAAGUUGCAUGAUUGUGAAGAGAAAUUAAAGAAUGAAAAUCAAGCUGGUCGUGGUCGAGGUCGUGGACGAGGUCGUGGUCGUGGUCAAGGUCAAGGGAGGGCUCCUAAGCCCAAGUUUGCACUGCAGGUGUAUGAAGGGAAAAACAGAACCACUUGGAAGCAGUAA